AGUCUAACUGCCGCCAGGUAUGGUCCCAUAGUAAUGCCUGAGUUGGAGUCCGCUUACGCGCCGAAGAAGGUCUAUAGCCGAGCCUUGCGCAAUAAGCACAUAGAGAACAUCACCGUCAACAGGUCUCAGCAGUGGAACAACCGCUUUCCUUUCAGUUACAGGAACGCACACAAGAUCUACGGAACACCCAUGAUGGACGUGGCCAUGGGGGCUAAAACCGUAGAGGAAUACCAAAACCUGAUGCGUGAUCUCCUGCAUGAGAGAGUCAAAGUCACGCGACUGGAUCCCACAAAGAAAGGGAGUGUGAGAGAUACAAGCACUGUUAGUGUAAAUACAACACUACCUCCGGAGAACACAUCAACCUUACACUCACCAAGUCAUCAGACUGGUGCGGAUAUGUCAGCUAGUAAUAAUGAAUCCGUAUCACUUGCGCUGCAGGCCGUAGAGGUGCAACAGCCCACACCGAAAUCAGAUACGAAAAAAAGAUAUCAAUCAGAAUAACCAAUUCUGCAACUGGAACUGAAACUCGAUGAUCACUCACAACCGCCAAAAGUAGAAACAAAAACGCAGACACCAACACAGAUACAGCCAAGAGGUUGCUUGAAAGAAGCUGACGAAAUACCUAGAAAUAAUUCGAGGGCGAGGUUUAAAGUACAAAGUACGAGCAAGGGCUCUGAAGACUUUGAAGCCACAGCUCAAUAUGGUCGUGGGCCGCAAUCACAUCUGUCAACCCCUGGAGUCACGAAACCUGGAAUUAGUGAGGAGGGUUCAUCGGCAGUGAUAGUGAGAGCACACACAAUUCACUUUUUCAACCAGGGGGACAAGGGGUUGCCAGAGAUAAUAUACGCACAGUAUGUGAGGAUACGACUACAGCUUCUUCAGAUUUGCGGCAAAAUGAUACAAGCAACCCAUCAACAUCCACGGCUGGAAUUCACAGAAACAUGUGGGGGGACAUGGUAGUAGCCCCGACCUCAAGUAUGGAGCGCGCGGACACAGACACAGGUCAGUGUCCUAUUGGACACAGGUCCUAUCGCUUGGUAUGCCGACUGUUCUACCUACUCCAAUUGGGGGCUUGGUGCCGACCGGUCACAUCAUAGGCAACCUGGCUGAUUUAGUGGGCGAUGAAAUAUAGAAUUCUAUAUGUAGGCGCCAGAAGUAUAAAAAAUUGAAUCAUAG